AUGGGAUGGGAUGGGAUGGGAUGGGAUGGGGUAUGGUUUUUGGUGGCUUUUUGGUGUGAGAGGAGGAAGGCAGAGAGGAUGCGGUGGUGGUUUUACUUACUCUUAGUUACUUACUGUAUGGAUGAUGGUGUCAGAUGGGCAAUGAGGCCCACCGGGAUGGGACGAGGCGCACCAUCGACGUCAACAGGGAGGGAGCAGAGGAUGGGAUGGACCAACCAGUGGACGGAAGGUUGGGCCGGUUGUCGCGGGGGAAAGGCAACUUGGACUCUCACUGGCCACCGCGAUCAGCCGCCAGCCCGUGGAUCCUUUUAG